GUUCAGUCGGCCGGAACAUUGACGCGCCCGGACAGCUUCCAGUCCCAAGCAGCACUCCGUAUCACCUCAUCGACAAUUGGAAAGCUUCUGGCCCAGCAGACCCCCAGCGCGACCAGACACGAGACCAUCGCCAGCAGGCUGAGCACACCCCAGUUCAGCCGCAACCAUGGUCCGCAAACCAGACGUCCGGCAAGCCAGACCGGCCCGCGUCUACCAGACAGUGACCACCCUCAUGAACCAUCGGGUGCAGCCUCAACUCAAGGUUCAGCAGCCAGUGUGGUACAAGGUCAUUGAGAACAUUCCGCCCUCCGAGAUCCUCACGCGGCCUCUGCCUCCGCAACACAAGGCCUACGACCCGAGGACGAGCAAGGUCAGGAAGGCCAGCAGGUUAUUCCAGCCUCAGCAGCUGCUGUACGAGGAGGAUGCUCUGCGCCAGCGUUUCUACAAAGAUCACCCUUGGGAGCUGGCGCGGCCGCGCAUGAUCAUCGAGAUGGACGGAAAGGAUGCUCAGCGAUGCGAUUGGAGCAAGGGGCUAAGACAGCCUGGCAUACCCCUGAGCGGAGAAUGCGUCGUUCAAAGGCAAUUGUGGCGGGUGCACAACGUCCCGGGCAUGACCAUGGACGAAGCAUACGACGUCACGCGGAAAGAGUUCUACCGCCUCCGCCAAGAAGAGGAUAUCGAGCGAAGAGUCGCCGUCGAAGAAGCCCGCAUCGUCGGUUCCUACUUCGGCCAAACAUACCUGCAAGUCGGUAUGGGCCUAGAGGAUAAGACGCACGAGAGGUGGAAGAAGUGGGCCACCAAGGAGAUCAACAGGAUUCGUGGCGAGCAACAGGAUGCGCUUGGCAUGAUGACUGACGAGUCCGCCGCGGAUUCCCCAGAUGCUGAUCUGGACCAGCUCAGCGAGGCUGUUGAGAGCCUAGCGAGGUAACACCUUGCGCUAUGUAUUAUAUAUGUGUACAAAUGAACCAUGUACAAACCUCGGCCCACAAUCUACACUUGAGGGAUACGGGGUUUUUCUGCGCCUCUUGUAAUUGGAGGACAAAUGGGUCCCUCGAAUGAGCCCAUCAUAGCCCUAUCAUAAAACAAGGUUGCCCAACACGCCUUCCCUACACUAUAGCUGUCCUUGAAGACGAGGUCAGCAUACCAGCUAGAUUAUAUGGUCAAGCAGCUGUUACACGCCAACCUUGGCACCA